AUGGCCAGCAUGCAACGAUCACUCGCCUUGACGGCUCUCGCUUUUGGCGCUGGCGCCUGGGCUCAGCAGGCUGGUACUUCUACCGCUGAGAACCAUCCGAGCAUGCCGUGGGAUCUGUGUACUGCUUCGGGGUGUACGGAGCAGAAGGGGUCGAUUGUGUUGGACUCGAACUGGCGUUGGGUGCACAACGUGGACGGCUACACCAACUGCUAUGAUGGCAACACCUGGAACGCCGACUACUGCCCCAACAACCAAGCCUGCGCAGAGAACUGCGCCCUCGACGGAGCAGACUACACCGGCACCUACGGCAUCCAAGCCUCCGACGGCUCGCUCACACUCACGCUCAAACCCGGCUCCAACGUCGGCUCCCGCGUCUACCUCAUGGCCACCGACGACGAGAACUACGAGAUGUUCAAGCUCAAGAACAAGGAGUUCACCGUCGACGUCGACGUUUCGAACUUGCCGUGCGGGUUGAACGGGGCGCUGUACUUUGUUUCGAUGGCGGAGGAUGGGGACUUGUCGGCGACGAAUAAGGCCGGGGCGAAGUAUGGGACGGGGUAUUGUGACAGUCAGUGUCCGCAGGAUAUCAAGUUCAUUGAUGGAAAGGCCAACGUCGAUGGCUGGACUCCUUCUGAUGGAGACCCAAACUCCGGCACAGGCAACAUUGGCGCUUGCUGUGCUGAGAUGGACAUCUGGGAAGCGAAUAGUAUCUCGGCUGCAUACACGCCCCAUCCCUGCGACGGCAAUGGUUUGGUAGAGUGCACCAGCGACGCCGAAUGCGGUGUUGGCGACAACAGAUACAAGGGAACCUGCGACAGGGACGGCUGCGACUUCAACUCGUUCCGCUUGGGCAACGAGAGCUUCUAUGGUCCUGGCGAUAUCGUUGAUACUGGAAGCAAGAUGACGGUCGUUACCCAGUUCAUCACCUCUGACAACACCGACACCGGCGAUCUCACCGCCAUCCGCCGCGUCUACGUCCAGGGUGGCAAAGUCAUCGCCAACAGCCAAUCCGACGUCGCCGGCAUCGACAAGACCAACGAAAUCACCUCCGCCUUCUGCACCCAGCAAAAGGACGUCUUCGGCGACACCAACUCGUUCGCCGACAAAGGCGGCCUCGCGAAGAUGGGCGACGCCAUGGCGGACGGCAUGGUGCUGGUGCUCUCGAUCUGGGACGACUACACCGCUGGGAUGAGAUGGUUGGAUGCUGAAGCGUACCCGGCUGAUGCGGAUCCGAGUAAGCCUGGGAUUGCGAGGGGGACUUGUGCGGUGGACUCGGGGGUGCCGAGUGAGGUGGAGAGUCAGUUUGGGGAUGCCAGUGUGACUUUCUCGAAUAUUAAGUUUGGGGCUAUUGGGUCGACCUACAGUUCGUGA